UUGGUAAUUAGGUUUAGGGUUUAAGGCUUCUAGCAAGAAAAAAACCUAAUUGACAACGAUGAACUUCCGCUUCCAUAACCUGUUGGGAGCUCCCUACCGCGGCGGCAACGCCGUAGUGACGGCCGACGGCGUCCUCCUCUCCCCCGUCGGCAAUCGCGUGUCCGCCACCGACCUCCUCAAGUCCCAGUCACAGACCCUCUCGUUCGAGGCCUCCGCCAACAUCUCCCGCAUCGCCGUCACACCCGACGGCUCCUUCCUCCUGGCCGUCGACAGCAACUCCCGUGCCCUCUUCGUCAACCUCAGCCGCCAUGUCGUUCUCCACCGCAUCAAGUUCAAGCGGCCCGUUACUGCCCUCCGCUUCAGCCCGGACGGCGAACAUAUCGCCGUUGGCCUCGGUAAGCUCAUUCAGAUAUGGCGGUCGCCUGGCUUCCGGAAAGAGUUCUUCCCCUUCGAGCUCGAGCGGACCUAUUCAGACUUCGUCGGCACGGUUACUACACUGGAAUGGAGCCCCGAUUCGAAGUACCUCCUCGCUGGAUCAAAGGAUCUUACCGUCAGACUCUUCUAUUUAAAGGAGAGAAGAACAAACAAGCCAUAUUUGUUUCUAGGGCAUAGGGAUAACAUAGUGGGUGCUUUUUUCUCAACUGACAAGAUAAGCGGUACUGUUGUUAGGGUUUAUACCAUUUCGAGAGACGGCGGGUUAUUUACAUGGAAAUUGGUAGAAAAUUAUGAUUUUGACGGUCACAAGGAGCCUGACUCAGACCCUCCUUCACCUGGUACACCUGAACAGAAGACUUCUGAAAGAGAUCAAGCUGCAGAGUCCAUGGAUAUUGAUGAUAAUAAGCGAAAGAGGAAAAAAAAGGGUGGUGAUGAUGGCGCUGAAAAGCCUAAGAUCCUUUUGCAUAGAGCUAGAUGGGAGCUUGUUAAGAAGGAUUACUUUAUGCAGGGCUCUGCAAAGGUAGCCGCUUGUGAUUACCACCGAGAUUUGGAUAUGGUGGUAGUCGGACAUUCCAAUGGUGCUUUUGGUCUGUAUCAGAUGCCGGACUUUGUUUGCAUCCACUUGCUUUCCAUUUCGAGGGAGAAGAUCACAACUGCAGUGUUCAACAAGCUUGGCAAUUGGCUGACAUUUGGUUGCGCAAAGCUUGGGCAAUUACUUGUGUGGGAGUGGCGAUCAGAGAGUUACAUAUUGAAGCAACAAGGACAUUAUUUUGACGUUAACUGCAUUGCAUAUUCACCCGACUCACAGAUGAUAGCUACAGGAGCUGACGAUAACAAAGUCAAGGUUUGGACAGUUUCAUCAGGGUUUUGUUUCAUUACUUUUGCAGAGCACUCUAAUGCUGUCACAGCACUCCAUUUUAUGGCCAAUAAUCAUACUCUUAUAAGUGCAUCACUAGAUGGGACAGUUCGCGCUUGGGAUUUAUUCCGUUACCGGAAUUUUAGGACUUUCACUACCCCUUCUCCUAGACAAUUUGUCUCUUUAUCAUCAGAUCCAAGUGGUGAAGUGAUUUGUGCUGGAACUCUUGAUUCAUUUGAGAUAUUUGUUUGGUACAUGAAGACUGGGCGCUUAUUGGAUGUUUUAGGUGGCCAUGAGGGACCAGUGCAUGGUCUAAUGUUUUCCCCGACAAGUGCAUCUCUAGCUUCGUCUUCUUGGGAUAAAACUGUUCGCAUAUGGGAUGUUUUUAAUGGGAAAGGCACUGUUGAAACUUUUCCUCAUACACACGAUGUUCUUACUGUAGUAUAUCGUCCAGAUGGAAAGCAACUAGCCUGCAGCACAUUAGAUGGUCAGAUUCACUUUUGGGAUCCUUUUGAGGGAGUGUUAAUGCACACUAUUGAUGGUCGCAGGGACAUUGCCGGCGGACGUCUCAUGACAGAUAGGCGAUCAGCUGCUAAUUCAACUUCAGGAAAAUAUUUUACAACUAUAUGCUAUUCUGCAGAUGGAAGCUACAUUUUUGCUGGUGGAAAUAGUAAAUACAUAUGCUUGUAUGAUGUUGCAGAUAAGGUACUUCUUCGUAGAUUCCAACUCACUCGAAAUCUCUCCUUGGAUGGAGUCCUUGAUUUUUUGAACUCUAAGAAGAUGACAGAUGCUGGCCCAUUGGAUUUAAUUGAUGAUGACGACUCUGAUGUUGAAGAAGGGGUUGAUCAACAAACUCGCAGAAGUCUGGGACAGGAUUUACCUGGAGCUGUGUUGAAUCGCGGACGACCUGUUGUCCGUACGAAAUGUUUGAGAAUCGCACCAACUGGAAGAUCAUGGGCUGCAGCUACCACGGAGGGAGUCCUCCUAUACUCUGUUGAUGACUCCUUCGUGUUUGAUCCAACUGAUCUUGACGUGGAUGUGACUCCCGAGGCUGUUGAUGAAGCUCUGAAGAGGGAUGAGUCGCAAAGGGCAUUGUUGCUCAGCCUUCGAUUGAAUGAAGAUUCGCUGAUCAAAAAAUGCAUUUUUUCAGUGAAGCCUGCGGAUAUUCCUUCUGUUUCCUCAUCGAUGCCAUUCAAGUACCUGCAGCGUAUUGUUGAAGCAUUUGCUGGUCUUUUGGAAAGUUGUCCUCAUCUUGAAUUUCUUCUUCUCUGGUGCCAGGAGCUCUGCAAGGCUCAUGGUAAUGCCAUUCAGCAGAAUUCUCGAAGCCUGCUGCCAGCAUUGAGGUCCUUGCAGAAAUCUAUUUCCAUGCUGCAUCAGGAUCUAACAGAUACAUGUUCAUCCAACGAAUAUUUACUCAGAUACUUGUGCUCAACAAGCACCACGCCAAAAUAGACUCGUAAUCCAACCUUUUACUAAAAUUUUGUACUAUUGUACUCUUAGCUAAAUUUAUCCCGCAAUAUUUUUAGUGGGUUGAGUUGCACAAUCUUAAGUUGUAUUUUCUCAUUGUAUUGAUCUUGCGGCCAAGUGUUUUUUUGUGUUUCUGAGGGGGAGGGGAAAUAUUCUUCCCUUCUUCGAUGGUGCUGUUUGACCUUGUAUUGAUCUUGUGCUAUUCUUCCACUUGCUUUCCUGUACAUUGAUUCCUUGUUGGGAUGGCAGUUUAAGAAGCACCAUUUAUGAAUUGUAAAAAGUUCAAGUGACA